AUGGACGUCUCUCAGGCGAUUUCAGGCUACAUCGCCAAGAUAGUGAUGCCAGCGGGCGAGUCGUCAUCGUCAAAAAUGAAGAUUUUAAUUUUGGACAGAGACACAGUCCCGAUUGUCUCAACAGCCAUAACGCAGUCAAACCUUCUCAACCACGAGGUCUACCUGACUGAUCGCCUGGACAAUACUGCCAGAGAGAAGAUGAGGCAUCUACGCUGCCUCUGUCUCGUGCGCCCCUCACCAGAGACCAUCCAGCUCCUGAUUGACGAGCUAAGAGACCCCAAAUACGGCGAAUAUCAUUUCUACUUUACCAAUGUGGCGAAGAAGUCUUCACUUGAGCGAUUGGCUGAGGCGGAUGAUCACGAAGUUGUCAAGGUUGUCCAAGAGCACUUUGCUGACUACACGGUCAUAAAUCCAGACCUUUUCAGCUUCGAGAUUCUGCUACCAAGAUGGCGUAUUUUUGCGGGCAACCCGGAGACUUGGAAUCCAGAUUCUCUCCAACGAUGUGCGGAUGGAUUAGUGGCUGUUUUGCUAUCGCUCAAGAAGAAACCGCUCAUUCGAUACGCAAAGAGCAGUUCUAUGGCAAAGAAGCUGGCUACCGAAGUUCGGUACCUCAUGACCCAGGAAGAACAGCUGUUUGAUUUCCGAAAAGUCGACACGCCGCCAAUCUUGCUGGUUCUCGAUCGUCGCGAAGACCCCGUUACCCCGCUACUGACACAAUGGACCUACCAAGCUAUGGUGAACCAUCUUCUCGGUAUUCAAAAUGGCCGUGUGAAUCUUGAGGACGUGCCCGACAUCCGACCAGAGUUGCGAGAAAUCAUUUUAUCACAAGAUCAAGACCCUUUCUUCAAGAAGAACAUGUUUCUCAAUUUCGGAGAUCUUGGGAGUUCGAUCAAGGAAUACGUGGAGCAGUAUCAAUCAAAGACAAAGAAUAAUGCCGACAUUGAAUCGAUUGCUGAUAUGAAACGCUUCAUUGAAGAAUAUCCCGAGUUUCGAAAGCUAUCUAGCAACGUCAGCAAACACGUCACCCUCGUCUCCGAACUUAGCAGACGUGUUGCAGCUGAGAAUUUGCUGGAAGUCAGUGAGCUAGAGCAGAGUCUAGCCUGCAAUGACAAUCACAACAACGACCUACGGUCGAUACAAACGCUACUGCAAAACCCGCAAGUGACAGCUGACAGCAAAGUUGCGCUGGUGACUUUAUAUGCUCUGCGCUAUCAUAGACAGCCGUCCAACUCUUUGCCGAUGCUCACCGAUCUUCUCGUGGCAGCUGGUAAUGUGCAGCCGCGCCAAGCCGCCAUGGUAGACAAGGUACUUGCGUACCACACAUCUCUGCACUCCUCGCAAGCGCAGGGUGGCAUUUCCGACAUAUUCGAAUCGGGAGGAAUAUUUGCCGGUGCCUCUAACCGCUUCAAGGGCCUCAAGGGCGUGGAGAAUGUUUACACACAACAUACGACACUGCUCGAAAGCACGCUUCAAAACCUCGUCAAAGGCCGCUUAAAGGAGCAACAAUACCCAUUUGUUGACGGAGGAGGAACUACCAGGGACAAGCCGCAGGAUAUCAUCGUCUUUAUGGUUGGAGGUGCAACAUACGAAGAAGCGAAAAUGAUUGCAGGCAUCAACGCAACGACCCCGGGCGUUCGAGUUGUCUUGGGAGGGACAUCAAUUCACAAUACCAGUACCUUUAUGGAGGAGGUAGACGACGCAGUCAGCUCGUGGCCCGACAUCCGAGCCCGCAGAUAG